AUGUUUAACCAGGCUAUCGGCUGCACUCUGAACUGCACUUGCCAAAGUUUCAGACCUGGGAAAAUAAACACGCGUCAGUGCGAGCAGUGCAGACACGGCUGGGUGGCUCAUGCUCUAAGUAAGCUGAGGAUUCCCCCCAUGUAUCCAACAAGCCAGGUGGAGAUUGUCCAGUCCAAUGUGGUGUUUGAUAUCAGUAGCCUCAUGCUCUACGGGACCCAGGCCAUCCCUGUCCGCCUGAAAAUCCUACUGGACCGGCUCUUCAGUGUGCUGAAGCAAGAUGAGGUUCUCCAGAUUCUCCAUGCCUUAGACUGGACCCUUCAGGACUACAUCCGUGGAUAUGUGCUACAGGAUGCAUCAGGAAAGGUGCUGGAUCACUGGAGCAUCAUGACCAGUGAGGAAGAAGUGGCCACCUUGCAGCAGUUCCUUCGUUUUGGGGAGACCAAGUCCAUAGUUGAGCUCAUGGCCAUUCAAGAGAAAGAAGAGCAGCCUAUCAUCACACCACCUUCCACAGCAAAUGUAGACAUCAGGGCUUUCAUCGAGAGCUGCAGCCAUAGGAGUUCCAGCCUCCCUGCCUGUGUGGACAAAGGAAACCCUAGCAGUAUACACCCUUUUGAGAACCUCAUAAACAACAUGACUUUCAUGCUGCCUUUCCAAUUCUUCAACCCUCUGCCUCCUGCACUGAUAGGGUCACUGCCCGAACAAUACAUGCUGGAGCAGGGUCAGGACCAAAGCCAGGACCCCAAGCAAGACGUGCGCAGGCCCUUCUCUGACAGCAGCUUCCUAACUUCCACGCCAUUUCAGCUUGAAAAAGAGCAGUGCUUAAAUUGCCCAGAUGGUGUUACUCAGAAAGAAGACAGCGCCCAUUUAACUGACUCCAGCUCAUACAGCAUUGUCACUAAGCUCGAAAGGACACAGUUAUCCCCAGAGGCUAAAGUGAAACCAGAGAGGACCAGCCUUAGCACAAAGAAGGGCCGGGUGUUCUGCACUGCAUGUGAGAAGACGUUCUAUGACAAAGGCACUCUCAAGAUCCAUUAUAACGCAGUGCACCUGAAGAUCAAACACAAGUGCACCAUUGAGGGCUGUAACAUGGUGUUCAGCUCCCUGAGGAGCCGGAACCGCCACAGCGCCAACCCCAACCCUCGGCUGCACAUGCCCAUGAACAGAAACAACAGGGACAGAGACCUCCGGAACAGCCUGCACAUGGCCAGCUCUGAGGACUACAAGCGCCCAGGUUUCACGGCAAUGUCUCCAGACUGCGGGCCUCUCCCCAGCUACCCGGGUUCAGGGGAGGCGGCCACAGGCCAGCCAGCCUUCUCCAGCAUUGGGCAGAAUGGUGUGCUUUUUCCAAACCUGAAGACAGUCCAGCCGGUCCUCCCUUUCUACCGCAGUCCAGCCACUCCCGCCGAGCUGGCAAACACGCCUGGGAUGCUGCCUUCACUCCCUCUGCUGUCCUCUUCGAUCCCUGAGCAGCUGCUUUCCCAUGAAAUGCCACUGGACACUCUUCCCAAGAAGAAGUCUCGGAAGUCCAGUAUGCCUGUCAAAAUAGAGAAGGAAGUGGCGGAGCUAGCCAGUGAAAAGAGACACAGCCUCAGCUCAGAUGAAGACAUGCCCCUGCAGGUGGUCAGUGAAGACGAGCCAGAGGUCUGCAGCCCUCAGUCAGACAGAGCACCUGAGGAGCAGAACACCCAGUCCGGAAGCUUAGGGAAGCCUCUCCCGCGAGGAGAGAGGUCCUGCAAUCUUGAAUCAGUGAUUGAGUUCCGUGGAGCCGUCAGCCGAACCCUUGAGCAGGCCCCACACAGUUCAGAGAGGGAAACUGAGCAGAAGCUGACUCUGACCAUGGCUCCAAGAGAGGUAGAGGAUGGUGGCCACGAACACCACUUCACACCUGGAACAGAGCCCCAAGUUCCUUUUCCUGACUAUGUGGAAUUACAGCAGCGCCUGCUGGCUGGAGGACUCUUCAGUGCUUUGUCCAACAGAGGAAUGACUUUUCCUUGUCUCGAAGAUUCUAAAGAACUGGAACACAUGGGUCAGCAUGCAUUAGCGAGGCAGAAAGAUGAAAAUCACUUCCAGUGUGACAUCUGCAAGAAAAGCUUUAAGAACGCUUGCAGCAUGAAAGUGCACCACAAGAAUACGCACAUGAAAGAAACUCACGCAUGCACAGUGGAGGGGUGCGGUGCCAGGUUCCCAUCCCGCAGGAGCAGAGACAGACACAGUUCAAAUCUAAGCCUCCACCAAAAAGCAUUGAGCCAAGAAGCACUGGAGAGUAGUGAAGACCAUUUCCGUGCAGCUUACCUGCUGAAAGAUGUGGCCAAGGACACAUAUCAGGACACGGCUUUCACACAGCAAGCAUCCCAGACAUCUGUCAUUUUCAAGGGAACCAGUCGGAUGGGUGGCCUUGUUUACCCAAUAACCCAAGUCCACAGUGCCAGCCUGGAGAGCUACAACUCUGGCCCCCCUAGCGAGGGCGCCAUCUUGGAUUUGAGCACGACCUCGAGCAUGAAGUCGGACAGCAGCAGCCAUUCCUCCUGGGAUUCUGACGGGGUGAGCGAGGAGGGUGCUGUGCUUGUGGAGGACAGUGACGGGGACUGCGGAGGACCAAGCCUUGUCCCCGGGGAGGAUGAGUACCCCAUCUGUGUCCUGAUGGAGAAGGCUGAUCAGAGCCUUGCCAGCCUGCCUUCUGGGUUACCCAUAACCUGUCACCUCUGCCAAAAGACUUACAGUAACAAAGGGACCUUUAGGGCCCACUACAAAACUGUGCACCUCCGCCAGCUCCACAAGUGCAAAGUGCCGGGCUGCAACACCAUGUUUUCAUCUGUCCGCAGUCGAAACAGACAUAGCCAGAAUCCCAACCUGCACAAGAGCCUGGCCUCAUCCCCAAGUCACCUCCAGUGACAAGAUGGCAGACCAGAAACUCUGAUGAGCAUUUGUAUAAUUCAGGAAUAAUGGAGUCCAAAGAGUAAGGUAGUCUGACUGUUUAAUACCAUUUUGGG